AUGAAAGCUUUGGGCUUUAUAACAGGCUAUUAUUCAACCCAAUAAGAAACAUAUAGUUUAUUUCUAGAUUUUAUUAAUAAUACUAAUGAUAAUUAAAAAGGAUUUUAAAUUUAAUUUUCUACUUAAUCUUUAAAUAGUAUUAGUGAAAUCAAUAUAAACUAUAUUUAUUUUCCUGAAGACUAAUAUUACUCAGGUAACAGUUAUUAUAACAUUUAAAGUUAUAAUGAUUCUUAAUAGCUAAAUUUGAAUAGAUUUAGUUUUAACAUUUCUUACACUAAUGGUGAUGGUAAUUAAUAUAAAUCAACUAGUUAACAGCAAAUGCAAAGUUUUUAAGUUAAAAAUUUAUAAAAUACAAUUGGUGGAAUUAAUGGUUUUAAUUUUUGUGGUAAUAAAAUUGACUGUGGUAAUAGUGUAAGAGCUUUGCUUAAUAUUAAAAAUGACAAUACCUAUAAUUAUACAACCUGGUCUAUUUCAUAAAUAUACAGCAUAACAAGUUAAUUUAUUCAAUUUAAUAUGUUAAAUUGUAAUUUAAUUAAUUAAACAAUAAAUUUCAAUGAUCAAUGUGUAAAUGAGUGUCCUUAAAAAUAUUUCAACAAUACUGAUAAUACAAGUUAAUAAUUAUAAGUUUGCUCUUAGUGUUCAGAAGAAUGUUAAAAUUGUUAAAGUGAAAAAAGUAAGUGCAUAACAUGUAAAUCAGGUUAAUAUCUCUACAAUAAUACAUGCUUUAAGGAUCAACCUGAUAAAACAUAUUGUGAAAAUAAAUAAUUUAAUUAUUUUAUUUGUACAGAAUGUAAGAACUGCACAAAAUAUUGCGAUUCUAAUGGAUAAUGUUUGGAUUGUAAAAAUACUUAUUAUUUUUAUAGAGAUAAAUGUUAAAAUGAAUUACCUCCACCAAAUACAUAUAUAGAUAAUGGAAAAUACUUUGAUUGUCAUUAAACUUGCAAAACAUGUUUCUAAAAAGGGCCAAAUUCAUGUUUAAGUUGUGAUGAAAAUAAUUUUAUUUAUUAAAAUAAUUAAUGUGUUUGUAAAGAUCAAAAAGGAUUGGAUCAAAAUUUUACUUGCGUAAAUUGUAAAGUGCUUGGGUGUUAAAAUUGUACUAGUGAUUACACUACUUGUUAGGGAUGCUAAUAUGACAUGAUCUUAUAAAAUUCUAUUUGUAUAUGCUCAGACUAAAAUUAUUAUUUUAAUUAAUUUAAAUGCAUUCAAAGUCCUAAUUAUAAGAAUUGCGAAAAAUUGAACUAAUUUGAUUCAAAAUGCGAAUAAUGUAAGAAAGGAUUUUAGAAUUAUCAUGGAACUUGCACUUACUGUGGAAAUGGAAAGUAUGUAGCAUCUGAUAAUAAUUGCAAUGGAUAAUGUGCUCAGAAUUGUAUUUUUUGCUUAGAUAGCUCAUCUUGCCAAGUUUAUGAUUAAGAUCUUUCUUGUCAUUUCACAUGCACAACUUGUACAAAGCCAUUAUCUUAAAACUCCUGCCUUGGAUGCAUAUCAGCUACCAGAAAACUAAAUAACUCAACAAAUACAUGUGAUUGCAUUCCUGGAUAUGAAGAAAGUGGAAAAAAUGACUGUAAUAAAACUGAAGAUCCUGUAAAAAACUAUAAUUAGAAUACCUAUUCUUCUCCAACUGCUUUUGAAAUAGUUUUGAUUGCUAUCUUAAUGAUUAGAUAGGUUCUAGAUACCAUAUUAUCAUUAAAUGCAUAUUACAUGAUUUUUAAAUCAAUUUAAAUUAGUCGCAAAAAGAUACCUGAACUUAAUUUCAAGAAUGAACUUUAUAUGAACAACUUACCAAAAGAAUUUGAUAUUAGUACUAUAAGUUAAAUUUUAGAUCAAUCUGGAAAAUUUUAAAAGUCAUUUAAAGGUUAAAACUAUUGA